AUGACAUGGUGCGGAGAGGCCCCCCGGCUUCAUGUGUUCAACUGCUCCGCUGCAAGCCGCGGUGGCUGUGUCUAUGUGAAAGCCGGGGCCGAGCUCGCUGCGCCGCUUUCUUUGAGGGAUUGUAAAGCCAAAGGUACGGGUGGCGCCAUCUACGCCCAAAGAAAGCUCGUGUCGCAGCAGAUCAGCUGCACCCAUUGCCACGCUCCGACUUCAGGUUGCCUACACCUCGAGUCUGGCGAGGCAAACAUCGAAAGCCUGAUGCUUCGCAGCGUGUCACGGCUCGUUCCAGUGUCUCCAAGCAUUGUUGCCGCUGGAGAUGAUGCGGUCGUGAAGCUUGGCAGAGUGGACUGCCGCGAAGCGCCCGGCUGCACCCUGGCGGUCGCGCAGAUGCAGCUGGCACGGCUCCUGUGUCAGCGAGGAGAGAGCCGCCAAUCCCUGGCAGACGACGAUGGCACUGGCACGACGUGCCGAGAAUGUCCAACGGGACAGAUCCGCCUCGUUGCGGUCGACAAGGCUCGGUUCUGUUUGGGGAGCCAGUCGGGUACCGGUAGUUAA